GCCGCCAUCUUAUCGUGUGCACGCCCAAGUCCGCAAACCGCCAGCCCGAUCGGGGCCCUCUAUCCUCCAACUUCUCGCCGACCGGCGUUUGUGCGCGUAUUUAUUUUAAAAUACAAUAAAAAUACAAGAUAGAGAGAGACCGCUCUGAGGACUACAAUGGCUGCGUUCCAAGGUCCAGCGUACGGACUAAGUAGGGAGUGCAUGCUAAAGGCUCAAGCGAAAUUUGAGAUGCCCAGGGCCGUGGAAGCACUGGAUUGGAUCAGAGCAGUGACACAGCUUGACCUCGAGCCCCCACAUUCAGAGAAGGGUUUUCAAGAUCAGCUGGACUUCGCAGACGUUCUGAAAGAUGGCACAGCGCUCUGCACGCUCAUUAACAUACUUCAGCCGGGAGCUGUUCCCAAAAUAAAUACAAUGAAGGCACCGUUCAAACAGAGGGAGAAUUUGGAGAUGUUCCUGAAAGCCUGUGAAAGCUACGGUCUCAAAUCCCAUGACCUGUUCCAAGUCAAUGACCUCUACGAGAGGAAAAACCUGUACAUGGUUGUGAACUGCAUGUUUGCAUUAGGAGGCCUGGCGCAAAAGAAAGGGUACCGUGGCCCAACAAUCGGCGUGAAGGUUGCGGAUGAAAACAAGCGGGACUUCACGAAAGAGAAGCUGGAGCUUGGGAAAACCAUCAUCGGCCUCCAGUCCGGAACAAACAAGGGCGCCUCGCAAGCCGGCAUGACUCCCUAUGGCGCUUCCCGGCAGAUCCUCCCGGACGGUCGAUGAGUCGGCACUUUCGUCUUGAGAUGUGCUCGCCGCCGCAGAAGAGUGCGAAUUUCGAGUGCACGAUUUCCGUCUCGUAGCGUCGAAAACGCUUCUACGCUUGACAAAAAGAAAAACGCUGUCCUACCGUCGUCGAGAACUUUCUUAUGUGUCGUACAAAUUGCGCCCGGGGCACGCGUCCGUUGCGUUUCGUGCAGACGAGCUUGUGCAUGGGCACUGCGAGUGUGCAGAUGCCAAAUGAAGUGAUUAAUGCGUAUGGAACGAAAUUUGUUCUCUUCCGAGUGUCGCAUUUAUUUAUGGCGUAAACCGAGGCAUUGCUACGACCUCGUUUAGGGUUGCGAAACGUUUCUAGGAUUUUUGAAAGGACGGUCUAGCGCGUUUCGGACGCCACCCCAGGUAUUUUUUUAAGAGUAUUUCGUUGCUUGUGUCGUUCGAUCGAAUAAAAAAAAAAAAAAAAAGAAUGGACGAAUAUCAACCUCUUGUUGUGUAUGACCUAUA